AUCUAAGUGAUUUGGCAUUUAAUUUCUGGGGGAAAAGGUUGGCAGGAGGGGUGAGAAGGUGCUUAGUGGAACUCACUGAUUUUCUGGGUAUCGGUGCUUGUGCUGCUUGAAGGAGAUCAGAGCUUUGCCUGAACGUGGGUUGCACAAAGUGGAACUCACUAGUCCUGACUUGAUUAAUCCUGUUGAGUCUUGCGUGAGCUUGCUCAUCAUCUAAACUAAACCCAAGAGCAGCCCCAUCUUUUUGGAUCCCGUUAUUCAAGAUUGGGUGUUUAAAACAUCACUCUUCAAGAUGCUAAAUUUGAGGAUGAUUUCUCCCUUUCGGGGCUACAGUGAAUUUACCACAAAGGACAAUAAUUCAGACCGCGCCAGCAAGACGCUGGUUAAAACCAGGGUGAAAAACUGGAAAGGACCUGCAUUUCUGAUCAGCUUUUUCGCAGCGGUGCCUGAAGACAAAUGUUGGGUUUCGGCACGAUUCGCCUGGCCCGUGCACCAGCACAGCAGUUGUCUGCAAUGCCUGCUGCCGGGGCUUUGUACAGCUGCAUUUUCCCCCCUGUUUUUAUAACUUGCCUUUUGCUCCGGAGAUUGUUUUUAAUAGAAAUAGCCGUGCUCAGUCAUGUGAGAAAGGAACGCGCAACUGCUGAGCUCGGCUGGAUUUGUGUUGCUCUCCAGAUGUGUGGAGGAAACAGGUUUUUCCCCAAGAGCUUUUUCUUGAGGUGGCGAAAAACAUGAACGAGUGAGAGCAGUGACCUUCUGACGGUAAUUUCUGUGUUUGCAGCCGGUGGCGAGGGAGGAGGGCAGUGCCGACGCGGCUCCCCGUGCCGUCGUUCCCUUAUUGCAACGGUGAUGCUACUUUUUCCCGUUCUUGUCCUCCUGCUGGUGUCUGCGGGAGGAAUUUCUUCCAGUGCGUAGUCAUUGCAAAACCCAUUUACCUAUUGAGCCAAUUAUUGGAACAGCCAAGGGGACUGAGGAUUUUAUUAUUAUUAUAUGUAUGUAUAUAUAUAUAUAUAUUUUUUUUUUAUGGGGUUUACCCACUGAGAUGUUAACGAUUGCUCAUUCAUUAGGACACUAAAAGGCCAACAGGCUUUUGCUUUGGAGAAAAUGUCUUGAGGCAGUAGAGAGAAGGAUGGAACUAGAAUAGCAGGCGGUGUCUGGAUGUACAGAGCGGAGAUUUGUCUGACCAACGCCUUGCCAGAGGUGAAUUUUCAUGAAGCCAGAAGUAUGAAUUUUAUCCCAGCGGUGCGAGUCGGGGGGUCCUCAGUGGGAGCUGGUGUAGGGGAUGCAACGCUGGAGCGACCACUCUGUAUUUUGUCACCUGGUGUAUUUUGUCACCUACAAUCACUGUUGACCCCAUCACGUGUUUGAAGGUCUGACCCAGAUGUGUUCAAAGGUUUAUAUGGUGCAGAUUUCAGAAGUCAGGUAAUAACAAUGCCAUGGGGACAGUUUUGGUGGAGCUGGGAAAGAUCAUGUCCCCAAGAUACCAGCAGGAGUGUAAAUGUCAGUCACCAAAAUCCCACCUGCAAUUAGUGCUGCCAACAAAUGAGGUGAAGUCUUAGGAAGCAGCAGACAAAGCCAGGCUUUCAAACUGGCCCAAGAUGGACUUUGCUGUGGCUUAGAGUGGCUCUGCCCUGGAGACUUGCGAUCUCCUUGUGUGGGUUCCUGGCUUUCCAAGAGCCUCCUCGCAUCCCAGGCUUUGGGAUUGGGGCAAUAAGUGACAUUUUAUGGCACCACGUAGGAAGAAAAUGAAGGGUUUUGCUCCUGGAAGCCCUGCGGGAGCUGCUGCAGGCUCUCGGGUGUGAACACCGGGGGUUGGACGCUCAGUGACUGUGCGGUGGAGAUAACACCAGGACCUGCUCGCUGGGACAAACGCCUUGUGGCCGAUCCAGCUGUGGUGAGUCCAUGGGCUCCCGGGGCAGCUGGCAAUGUCCCCAAAGGAGGGGACAGCACAUGUGGCAGUUCCCAAGCCUGUUGGGCUGUGCCACGUUUGCUUACGCGCAGCUUUAUAAAGAGGAGGUGCGGUUUUCUCCACUCCUUCCCGAGGUUGGGUCCGACCUCCCUGCAGCGCAGCCUUUGUCAUGGCCGGCCUGAACGUCUCCAUCGCGUUUCUCUUCCUGGUUGUCGGGGUGUGCCAGGCGUUCAGAUGCCUUUCCAAGAGGCUCCUGUCUCCCGGAGCCUACGGUUGCCUCGCCACUGAACUGGCUGCCUCCUUCCAGUUGUGCGCCAGCUGCCUCGAGCUGAGGAUGCUGGUGGAAAUAGGCCCCUGGGGUGGUGGCUUUGGCCCAGACGUGGUCCUGACCCUGCUCUUCAUCCUCUUUGCUGUUCACGGAGCCUCUUUCGAUGGAGCAUCCGCCAACCCGACCGUCUCGCUGCAGGAGUUCCUGCUCCUCGAGUCCAGCCUCGCCGCAACCGCCGCCAAGCUGGUGGCCCAGGGUGCGGGCAUGGGGACGGGCUGGGCUGUCACCAAGCUCUACUGGUCCUGGGAGCUGACGCAGUUCCACCUCAUCCAGAACCUGAUCGCGUCUGAGUGCAGCUCCUCCAUCCACACGUCCCUGCAGCACGCGGCCUUCGCGGAAGGCACCUGCUCCUUCCUCCUGCACCUGGUCCUCCUCAAGCUGCACCAGAGUCGCCCGACGUACCGUGUCCCUGCGCUGGCAGCGACUGUCACCUUCCUGACAUACACAGCCGGACCGUUCACAGGGGCAUUCUUCAACCCUGCCCUGGCCGUCACCACCUUCCACUGCUCGGGGAGCAACUUUUGGGAUUACAUCCAGGUUUACUGGCUGGGGCCCCUGGCAGGGAUGCUCGCUGCCCUCCUGCUGUACCAAGGCAACAUCCCGCGACUAUUCCAGAAAAACCUGCUCUACAGCCAGAAGAGCAAAUACAAGGUACCCAAGGCGAGGGUGGUGGCGCACGCGGAGGGUGGUGACCCACGUCGGAAGGGGAGAGGAGAGAAGAGCAGCUCCCAGCAUCGCGACUGAGCCGCGGAUGGGGCUGGUCGGUCCCUGCGGCCCCUCUCCUGGGGACCAGGUUCCGCAGAUUUUGCUGCUUGUCCCAUCCGGCAUCUGUCCUGCCUGACCGGUCCCUACUGCAGGGUGAGAUCUCUUCAAAGUGUUGUGAAGAAAUUGUCCAAGCUGGAUGUGUGAACCCCUGAGCUCCUUUGGGAACGGUUGAAAAUCUCCCUGGAGAGAAUCACAGAAUCCCAGAAUGUCAGGGGCUGGAAGGGACCUGGAAAGCUCAUCCAGUGCAAUCCCCCCAUGGAGCAGGAACACCCAGAUGAGGUUACACAGGAAGGUGUCCAGGCGGGUUGGAAUGUCUGCACAGAAGGAGACUCCACAACCUCCCUGGGCAGCCUGGGCCAGGCUCUGACACCCUCACCCCCAACAAGUUGCUUCUCAUAUUUAAGUGGAACCUCCUGUGUUCCAGUUUGCACCCAUUACCCCUUGUCCUGUCACUGGUUGUCACCCAGAAGAGCCUGGCUCCAUCCUCCUGACACUCCCCCUUUCCAUAUUGAUCCCCAGGAAUGAGAGUCACCCCUCAGUCUCCUCUUGUCCAGCUCCAGAGCCCCAGCUCCCUCAGCCUUUCCUCACACGGGAGAUGCUCCACUCCCUUCAGCAUCUUGGUGGCUGCGCUGGACUCUCUCCAGCAGUUCCCUGUCCUGCUGGAACUGAGGGGCCACAACUGGACACAAGAUUCCAGGUGUGGUCUCCCCAGGGCAGAGCAGAGGGGCAGGAGAACCUCUCUGACCUACUGACCACCCCCUUCUAACCCACCCCAGGUACUAUUGGCCUUCCUGGCCACAAGGGCCCAGUGCUGGCUCAUGGUCACCCUGCUCUCCCCAGGACCCCCAGGUCCCUUUCUCCUACACUGCUCUCCAACAGCUCGUUCCCCAACUUACACUGGAACCUGGGGUUGUUCCUGACCAGAUACAAGACUCUGCAAAAUGGUUCAAGCCUGCACCACUAGCUCGGCGAGGGGAUAAAAACUAACACUUUUGCAUAAAUUUCUGGUUGUCUUGUAUUGCCAGGGAGCUUACGGAAGGUCAGGACUGUGAUGUGAGUAUGCUUGAGCAACUCCCAGGUUAUUGCAUCAUGCAAUGCUUGAAAUAACCUGACUGGGUCUCUUGCAGCUGUAAAAACAAAACACAAACCAGUAACCGCCUUGGAAAAUUGGGAUGUGGAGAAAGCAGGCUUUAAUCUUUCGAGUUACUAAAUGGAUAUUGGUCAAAAAUUGAUGUUCUUUGAGUUAAAUGGAGGUCAUUGGAUUACACAGGCUGAACAUGGCAGCUCUCGGAGAGGAAUUAACAAUGCUCCAGGGCAAGGGAGUUCCCUGAGUACAGGAGACCCUGCUCGUGUGUGGACGCAUUGCUUAGCCUGGGUUUUGUGUGCUGUGAGGCAUCAACAAACGGGGCACAAAGUGUCCGUGGUUGCAAACCGAGAGCCAGGCAGCGGGUGUGGGUGAGCACGUGCGUCUCCGGGCUCCUCUCUGUGUCCGCACGAAACAUUCCUGAAGGAAAAAAGUGCUGUUUAUGGAGAUAAUAAUAAAUGUUGUGAUUGGCGUUUA